UGUGUCGCCAGUGCGCCUGGCCGCCCUUGCGCAGGAAACAGUCGCUAACGAAACUGCAGGGGUUUAGUUUCUGAUGGCUAAAAAAAUAAACAGUUGAAGUCCUCUUUAUGAAACCAAUCCUCGGUCAAGUGUAACUUUUGAUGUAUGGUCUCUAAAGCCCCCCACUAUGCCAGCAGCUACCGUAGACCAUAGCCAAAGAAUCUGUGAAGUUUGGGCUUGUAACUUGGAUGAAGAGAUGAAGAAAAUUCGUCAAGUUAUACGAAAGUAUAACUACGUUGCUAUGGACACAGAAUUUCCAGGAGUAGUUGCAAGGCCUAUUGGAGAAUUCAGAAGCAACGCAGACUAUCAGUACCAACUCUUACGCUGCAAUGUCGACUUGCUAAAAAUAAUUCAACUAGGACUGACAUUUAUGAAUGAGCAAGGAGAAUACCCUCCAGGAACUUCAACUUGGCAAUUUAAUUUUAAAUUUAACUUAACGUAA